CGAAUGCGCCCCCCACCCUGCCCGGAGGCCUAACACCUCCGUACCAUGCCGCCCGCUUUUGUUGGAUACAUCUUCCUUGGGGCCUUCAAGAGGCCUCGAGACGGCCCAAGGGGCCUCCAAGACAGCCUGAGAUAAGGUCCGUACCCAUUUUGGCUCAAGCCGGUUUGGCUCAAGCCGUUUUCGUUCAGGCAGUUUUGUCGCAAUGUAUUUGGGCGCAAGGCGUCCCGACUCUGUUGGGGCAAUUCAGGUGGGCCGUUCGAAGGGCAUGGCCGCAUAAUCUGAGGUGAGCAAUGCACUUACACCGAAUUUCGUUGAGAGUGUUAUGCUUUUUAGACGCUGCGCUAGCCGUCAAAGCUUGGGAGUUAGACGAUCUGGGGAGGCAGUCUACGACGGUGCUUGUCGCAUCCAGUCUCGAAAGCGUGUUCUGGUAAUCUCAGCAUCCAUAUGUGGCUUGCAUGAGAAGCCAACUGAAACACAGAGAGCAUUCGUGAAUGUUGGUUUGCUCACCCUCUCUCCAAAUGUUCGAGGAUCCGUUUUAGAAGCAGCUACUCGGAACAUCGUGCGCGACAUGUACCCUCGCGCCGCCAUCGAGGAUGCUUUGCCAGGAUUGUGCGUGAAUGGAGUGCAACGCUCGCAGCACAUGGCCAACUACGAUUGGUUAAUGGAUGGGCGCCGGGUCGAAUGUAAAAGUUCAGCAUUGAGUUGGGAGUCCAAUCGCAAAUCGUGGAGUAUUACUUUUCGUGGAAUCAAAGCUGCGCGCAUGGGCGUGCGCGCACAAAGCGCGUUCGACGAGCUCAUCCUCUCUUUCUGCAGCCCUCGUCGUUUGUAUAUCUACAGGCACGAUGGCGCGUACUCCUUCAGCACGAAUGGCGUUCAGUCAUUAUGGAGUGGUGAUCUGAUUAGGAUUCGUGGUCCCAGGAACGAGGUAGAUUGGCAACUUGCACUUCGGAAUAUUCUUGCAAAGCUUGAUGGCAGUCGAAACGGGUGCGAGCGCCUUGCGGACGUGCCUUUGUGGGACGAUCGAAUUUCAGAGGCAAUCCAGCAGGCGUCAUGUGUGAGACACCUCGCCUAUGUAGGCGUGCCUUUAAGCACACUGGAUCCAAGUACACGUGCGCUCCGUAUCCAUUGUAUGAUGCGGGAAGUAGACACGAUGUUGUAUCCAAAAGCUUCAUUCACGGAUCCAGAGCUACAUCCUUGCAUCGAUGGUCUCGCACGCGGGCAUUGGCAAAGUCAGCAAGACUACGCUUGGGUACGUGAUGGUUUGCGUGUUCAGUGCCGAUCAGCCGGGAUGACGUGGGACAUGACGAACAAACGUUGGUAUGUUCGUUUCUCUCACAUACGAUUUCAUCUCUUCGACGAGCUUAAGUUGGCUAUUUGGUCUCCUGCUGGAAUAUUCGUGCUACAGCACAAUAUGAAGUUUGGAGUCUCCAAGAGUGGAUCGGGCACAGCACUUGCAGGACAUUGCAUAACAGUGACAGCUCGUUGCAAUGAUCAUGAUUGCGUUCUUGCUUUGCGCUGCAUUUUGCAGAAGCUUGAUGAUGCAAGCUGUGCGCUUGUCGCCCAAUUAAAUUGGCCAUAAACCGUUAGCUUCUGGAGAACAUACAGGCUUCAUGACAACGACAAAAAAGACAGCC